GCGGGGAGCAGCCACUUCCUCCUCCCGCUGGCGCCGCAGGAGCAGCAUCCCGGCCCCGCCUGCCGCCGCUGGGAACUUCGGCUCUGCGGCGUCUCGUCCCUCCGCGAGCUCCCCUCGUCCGCCGCCGAGCGCCCGCGGGCCGGGCUGGGGGAUGCGGCCGGGCUUGGCCCAGAGGAAGCGCCGUGAGUAGAGCGCAGCGGCGCGGGGAGCUCCCGCCGCUAGCGCCCCGGCACCGCCACAGCCCCGCGCCUCCUCCCUCCGCGCUGCCAUGAGACGAUCUACAAUGAUAGAUGGAGUUAUGAUUCUUCCUGUGCUGCUGCUGCUGCUGGCUUUUCCAUCACCCAGUCUGGAAGAUGAAGAGCUGAAGCUAAAUAUGGUCCACUACGAGUGUGUGUGUGAAGGCAUGUCCUGUGGGAAUGGAGAUCGCUGCCAGGGCCAGCAGUGCUUUGCCUCCCUGAGCAUAAAUGAUGGCACUAAAGUUUACCAGAAAGGCUGCUUCCAAGUCUAUGAACAGGGGAAAAUGACAUGCAAAACACCCCCGUCUCCUGACCAAGCUGUCGAGUGCUGUCAGGGAUAUUUGUGCAACAUGAAUAUCACAGCACAGUUGCCUACUAAAGGGCAAACCCUCCAGGGAGAAGCUGUGGGUUACAGCAUGGAAAUGCUAGUCAUUGUUAUACUGGCUCCGGUGAUAGUGCUGAUGAUAUUUUCAGCGUUAGCUGUGCUGAUUAUUCGAAAAAUACAGCAAAACCACAUGGAAAGGCUCAAUGCUAGGGAUGCAGAGUACGGCACAAUUGAGGGACUCAUUGCAUCAAAUGUUGGCGACAGUACAUUGGCAGACUUAUUGGACCAUUCCUGUACAUCCGGAAGUGGCUCUGGUCUUCCUUUCCUGGUACAAAGAACAGUGGCUCGUCAGAUUACACUCUUAGAGUGUGUAGGAAAAGGCCGAUAUGGAGAGGUCUGGAGGGGUCAGUGGCAAGGAGAAAACGUUGCAGUGAAGAUCUUUUCUUCACGAGAUGAAAAAUCCUGGUUCAGGGAAACUGAAUUGUACAACACUGUGUUACUGCGGCAUGAAAAUAUUUUAGGUUUUAUUGCAUCAGAUAUGACUUCUAGAAACUCCAGCACCCAGUUGUGGUUAAUUACACACUAUCAUGAAAUGGGAUCUCUGUAUGACUAUCUACAACUCACUACGCUAGACACUGUCAGCUGCCUACGAAUAGUCUUGUCCAUAGCCAGCGGCCUUGCACACUUGCACAUAGAGAUAUUUGGGACCCAGGGGAAGCCUGCCAUUUCCCAUCGGGACUUGAAGAGCAAAAAUAUCCUUGUUAAAAAAAAUGGGCAGUGCUGUAUAGCAGAUUUAGGUCUUGCAGUUAUGCAUUCCCAAAGCACUAAUCAGUUGGAUGUGGGGAACAACCCCCGUGUGGGUACCAAGCGCUACAUGGCGCCUGAAGUCUUAGAUGAAACCAUUCAAGUGGACUGCUUUGACUCUUAUAAAAGGGUUGACAUCUGGGCUUUUGGACUAGUCCUCUGGGAAGUAGCUAGACGCAUGGUUAGCAAUGGUAUUGUAGAAGACUAUAAACCUCCAUUCUAUGAUGUGGUUCCAAAUGACCCUAGUUUUGAAGAUAUGAGAAAAGUGGUCUGUGUGGAUCAGCAAAGGCCAAACAUUCCCAAUAGAUGGUUCUCAGAUCUAACACUAACCUCUCUUGCCAAGCUGAUGAAAGAAUGCUGGUACCACAAUCCAUCGGCAAGACUAACAGCCCUGCGUAUCAAAAAGACUUUGACCAAAAUUGAUAAUUCCUUAGAUAAACUGAAAGCUGACUGUUGAUGUUCUUGUGAUGCUGUCAAGAUGGAAGGCUUUUGUCCAGUUCAGAAAUAUUCUGGCCUGACGAGUUCUAGAACUGGUCCCAAAUGGCUUCUUAGAGGCAGACUUUCUUAUCUAGCCAUUCAUCUGGGAAACAAUGGAACCAUACGAACCCUGCUCAGUGACUGUCGUGGGCAUUUCACAAAGGGUCAAACUAUAAAGACUUAUGCUGGAUGUACUGUUGCAAAGAUAGUGGCCUGAAGGAAGACACAGAAAUCCUAAAACAAGAUCAGGGCAUUAAACGAUGGCUUUGAAUAGCUUUUUAUAGAGAGUCUCCUAGUCACUCCCAGGACAAACACAUGGAAGUGGUAAAUUUUAAUCAGCAAUAUUGCCUGUGCUUCUCCUCUUUAUUGCACUAGGAAUUCUUUGCAUUCCUUACUUGCACUGUUACUGUUAAUUUUAAAGACGUGACUUGCCAAAAAUGAUUGGCUAUGUACCCCAUUGAUCUGUGUCUGAACAAUAGGAAAUCGAUUUGAUGAAAAUGUAACUGUCAGAUUUUAGCUGCAUUUUACAUGUGUACUGAUGUUUACAAUAAUGCUGAACAUUAGGAAUUUCUCAUUUAUACAAAACUUGCAAAUUAUUUAUUACUAAUGCACUUGCCAGUUUUAAAAAACCGAAUAAGUGCAUAAAGUUCAAGCUUAUUUUUGUGGCCUCUUUCAUUAUUUCUUACACAGACGUUUUUGUAACACAAUAUAAUCUGAAACAGAAAUUGCUUUCUGUAUUAUCAUAUUACAACGUGUUAGUCACAUUUUAAAUGCUUCACUUUUUUGUAGGUAUGGUCUGUAACAUAACUUCAGUUCAAUUGCAGAACAUAUUUAGCCACUACUCUCACAAUGCCGCAUCUAGUGUCUUACUGAUCUAGAACAUGAAAGCAAUGUAGAACUUCAGUAGAUUUUUUUUUUAAGUCAUGAAUGCUGUGGGAAAAUGCAUUUUUUUUCUUCUAAGCGCUACAUAAUGUGCAUUUAAACUCUGCCAGAAAAACUAUUUUGUUUUUAAUCUACUUUUUCUAUUUAGUAGUUAUUUGUAUAAAUUAAAUAGAAUGUUUUCAAGUCAAACGAGUGUUUUUAGUUAAUGCCUAUUAGUAACUAGUUUCCAGUUUCUGGUAUCUUUCAGUGAUCUUGCAAGCUUAAGAGAGCAGGUCCAUGUCAGUACUUGGAUGGGACAUGUAAGUGCUGAGCCAUAUGUUGGCAUUCUUCCCUUUUGAGUCAGUACUGAACCUAUACAGUUAACUAGUUCAUAGAAUCAUAGACUAGAAUAUCAGGGUUGGAAGAGACCUCAGGAGGUCAUCUAGUCCAACCCCCUGCUCAAAGCAGGACCAAUCCCCAAGAGAUGGCUGAAUUUCAGUGCUGGGUGAAGAGAACCCUGUAUAUGCGCUGCAUAUCAAUCUGUAGGAUCAAAGAUGCUAUACAGAAAGAAGCCAUGAUUAUUAGUUACUACAAGAUAAAGAGAUGUAAGUGGUAACUGUUGAAUAUUCUAUAUCACUCAAACUGAAGCGUUAUAAAUGCUUGGUGCACAAUCAUUUCAUACUGACCAAAUGAUUUGGGGAGAUAGUUCAGUUCUGUGUGUUUACUGAGGAGGCACAUCUUUGGGAGGGAGAUGGCAGACGACCAGAGGCUCCUUGAGGCCUGCCUCAAAGAACCAUGGUGCUAGGAACCCCCAGAAACCACCCUCGGUGGUGCAUAGGUGCUGCUGAUUCCCAAUAAGGACUGCUGGGAACCUGUGCAAAGUCCACACUUGCCUGGUGUUGUGGUUCUCCUAUGUCUGGGUUCCUCCACAUCUUCUGAGCUGGGUGAUUUGUGCAUUAUGGCCCAAGUUUACAAGUCUUAAUGCACCAAAAGUAGGAAAAUGGUUGGCUCAGAAUAUCGUGAUAAUUUCUCUUCCUUUCUUGAGCCUUAGAAUCUCAGCAUCUUGGUAUCUACUGGGGAAGUGCUGUUUGCAAAAAAUAAGUCCUGUUUCUUUGCACCAUGGAGUCUUCAAGAAAAUGUUAAUGUAAAAAAUGUUAUUUCUGUUUGGCUGCUUACUUUAUUUUACUGAAGUUCCUGAUGCUGUUUGGAUUAUGAAACACUGAACUGUUGCAUGAGGAAUCUCCUAUUAUCCUCAAUAGGAUUCCUCAACACAGUGCAAAGUUACUGGGCUGAUUGGAAUUUGUGUUUUAAUUUCCAAGGAGCUUUUUUUUUUCCAGGCAGUGGUCUGAAGUCCAGGACAUUUAUGUUCUAAUCUUGCUUUGGAUACGGACUUGCCAAGGAACUUUUAAGUACAUAGGACCGGAAGGUUUAUCGGGUCUAGUCCCCUUGCUAUUUCAGUCAACCACAACAUAUUAUCCCACUCAAACUUAUGCUCUAUUUUAAAACUAGUUGGGUUGUUUGCUCCCAUUACUCCUAUUGGAAGUAACCUCACUCCUUUGACUAGUAAUCCUCAAAUUUAAUUGACUCACCUGAGAAGAGCCAUUUAUGCUAAAGAACAGCAUUGGCCCAAAACCAAAUGACUGUGAUCUGGCCAGGAAUUAGCUGAGGUUGGAAAUUAAGAGUCACUCUUCCCCAAUCCAUAAAAUACGGCUAAUGAACUGAAGUUGUAAUGUAUUUAUAAAGUGCUAAGUAAAUGCUGCUGUUAAAGCCAGCUACUGGUACCGAUAGAGAGAAAAAAAUACUGAGCAUCCUGGCUCUCAGCCUGUGGUAAUCCCUUAACCAGGAGGCUCUUUGGAAGUACCCACCGUUAUCUGCUUCUCUACGUAUCCAAAUUCCCAGUGUGGAUGUUUGAACAAAAAUGGCAUUUUGUGUUGACAUCUUGAUUGUGAAACAGUGUCCAGAUUUUCACUGAACACUUCUGAAGUUUCACAAAACUGCUUCAAUUUUGUGGAUGUUGUAAACUCAAAUCAAGCAAAUGUCAUUGGGGGGGAAUCAAAAUUAAUUUGGCCAACUCUAAUAAUUAACAGUAGAUCAUUACUUUUCUGAUCUAGUAUCAGAAUUGAACCAGGAAACCACACCAUUCAGUAACAUGGCCUGGAGGCAAGAUUUCAUAGAAAUUUGAAGAAGGAACAGACCUACCAUAUUAAGUCACUACAUCAUCUGCCUACUCAGUGCAGGAUUUUGAGUGUCUUUGGGUUAUUUAACCACACUUUCAGGUGCCUGUUUGCAUGAUCAUGGAAGACAGUCCACUGAAUUCCAUAACUUUCCCCAAGAUUUCAGGGGUUUCUUGAUUAUUAUUUUUUAAAGUACUUCUAGAGUUUCUAGAUGCUGUAGGUGGAGGUAACCAAUGCUGAUCAUGUUCCCUGCAUGUUUACUGACUCAGUGUUCUUCAGCUUCAUCCAUAAUCUCUCAUAUUUUAGAGAGAUCGGGAAUAUUAAUAUAUUAUGACCUUACUGCAACAGAUUGUAUUUUUAUUACUAUGGAGAUGGCAUUAGUUGCUCCAUAGCUGAAGUGGCAUUAUUUUUGUCCCUGCCAAAUGUGUGUUCUGCACUUUGAUAUACGUCUGGGAUCUUCAUUCAAAUGGAGAUAGGACAUGCAACUAAACUUCAGUAAGAGGAGAAUGCCGUUUGUGUUUAAAUAAAAACAACCAGGUACGCAUGAGUAAUACUGUAAAUAUUCAAUUAGCUAUCUAUGGAAACAAAUUGUACUUGUUCCAUCUGCCCUUUUAAGUUAAUAGGAUAAAGAUUAAAAAAGGAUAAGCAUUGAAGAGAAUAACAUGCUUUCUUCUGUUCUAAAUAGUUGAUUAUUUUUAGUUCAUAAUAUAGAUUAAUACCUAGUAUGACUGUUUAAAGGUGACUAGUGCUCUGUUCAUAGGAUCACUUUAGAGUUAUGGCAACGAACACUAGUUAGGACUGAAGGCGUUACUGUUUAAAGUCACAUUUUUCCCUUGCUCAUAACUUUUUUUUUCUGUGGUCUGGGCUGAAACUUUCUAGGCUCAGUCUCUGCUCAAAAUUGAAUUGAUCUGGAAGAUUGAGGGACAUGGACAGAGCCUCCUGAGACUCAGACAAGAAGUAGGACUUUAACAUCAGAUCCUUUCCCCUCAAAAUAGGAAAGGACAUAAAAUUCAAAUUUAGCCUAGUCAUAGUCCUUAUUGAGAAAGGGAAAACCUAAGAGAGUAAAAGGUUUAACUUUAACUUUUUUUAAAAGAUUUAGUCAGAUGUCUGCCCAUCCAUGCACAGUAGAAGAGUUUACAUCUAGGAUUUUGGUUUAGGUUAAAGUGUAUGUGCAAUACUAUGACAUCCACUCUUGUUUUGGAAUAAUGCAUUUGUCUCACCCACAGCUAAAAAAUCCUUUCAAAACCUCAACCGAAAACACAUUGUGCACAGGCCAAAGAAAUACCAGGAAAAACCAAGUAGUCUUAGUAGAAAGAACAGUACAUGGUGAUGAAAUCUGCUUAGUGUGGAUAUAAACACUUGGGGAGUGAUUCAAAAAAUGUCUGAGUCAAAAGUGGGGCCCGGAAAAUGCAGGGCUAGAAACUCUUAUCCCUCUUGCAGAUCCGGAAAAUGCAAAUUCUUGUAAUUAUGGAAUUUUAUUUCUCUAGGUCUCAGACCAUUGGCACUAGAGCCUGAUGAAUCUCUCAACUUUGCAAAACUGAAGUGGUGCACUUCUGACCUGCAAAUAAGCACAUUUAAGAAAGCUUAAAGUCUUUUGAGGGGAGCAGAGGAGAGGUUGGCUAGCUCUUACUGCAGACUCCCCCGUGGAUUAAUUUGUGGUUUUGUAGGAUCCUAACUCCUUAGUGGUGUUAAACGCUGAUGUUGUGUUCUUGACGCACCAAUACAGAAUUGUAUUGCAACACUAACUCCAUUCAGUGAUAAAAUGGCUCUUUGGUUCUUUCUUACUGUGGGCUGGUGCAUGGGAGGGGAAGAAGAGAGGAAGGACUCUCCUUUCUCUCUUGUGGUUUGGAAGGAAGGCGUGUUCUUUCUGCUUCCUCUGAUUUCCUGAAGAUGUAUCUUCUCCAGCACCCUGUGUCUUAGUCAACCCCCUUCCUGGUUGCUCCAGCUGUUGGGAAUGAAGUUCGGGAUCCCCAUAGCUUUAAGGAUCUGUUCCAAAGCCCACUGAUCUCCAUGGGAAGCAGAAGCAGAUUUCCAUGGGAAGCAGAAACAGAUUAAGUUUUUAUUGGGACCUUGGACACAACAUUGGGGCCACCCACACCUGGGGCCCCAAAUUGACAGGGCCCCUGGGCAUGGGUCCCUUUUGGCCCGUGUGUUAAUCCACUGCUCAUGGGAAGCGCUGCAUGGUCUUCAGUGUGUUCAUAAUCAGGCCUUAAUUCCCUGCCUGGCCCUAUCUCAAAUGUGGGGAGAAAACACAGCUCUCAGGCCUGCCCCGAGUUUGCUCAAUGUUUCCUGCACAUUCGUGAUCUAAUGAGUCUGUUUUCCCUUCCUGGAUCUGAGUGAGCAGGAGCACUUAUGUACAAAUGUAUGCAAGAGGCCCCCAGAAGCCACGUGGAGAACAGCGAGGCUGAAUAUUAAUGUAAGAGCAUUCUCCUGUUAGUCAAAUGGGACCUCAUUAUUGGUGGUGGACACAUCACUCAGAUAACACAAGACACACCAUUUAUAGAAUGCUGUACAGAACCAGGAACAGGACAGCUGGAGUCAUUCUCUGAUUAAAGUCCUCACUAAGAGCUUCAUUUGCCUACAUUAGGUAAUUUUUUUCCCUUAUAUUAGAAAAUGUCAGACAAGAAGAAAGCGAAAGCUGUAAUGGGCAGCCUCUCCGAAAUGGAGAGAUUAACAACCAAAAGCUUGCCAGAGUACAAUGUUCAAAGUUGCAAAAUGAGGAGAGGGAAAAAAACAUUUGCCUUUUGACUGGGACUGCUUGUUUUUUCUUGUUAUAAUAUUUGCUCUACAUGGAUCUUGCAAUCUUUAAUAUUGCAAAACAGAUUGUUAAAUGGUUUAAUAUUUGUCCUCUUGUUAGAGAUUAUCAUUCAAAUAGGAAAGCAGGAGGCGCAACCCUAAAUACUUCUUGCCAACUGCUGUAGCCACUGUAUAUAAAUUUUAAACAAUCUAAUCCCCAAUGUAGUAAUUCAUCAAUACUUUGGCUAAAGAUCAGAUGUUCCUAUUGCAAAUAAGGUUUCUGGCUCUGAAAUUAUGAUGAAGCUGGUGUAUCAUGUCUCUUGUGUUCACACUCUGUAUGAAUUUUAAAUUAGUAAUUACUAUCCAAAUUAAUUAGAAGAUUGACCUGCUUUUAAAGUUAUUGGUCUAAGGUAUGCUAUCAUCUUGAAUUGUUUGAAUAAAUUCCCUUUUCUUAUAGAGCACUGUUUAAAUACUAGGCCCUCUGAAAGUUUUUUUUGAAGGGUUUCUCUGCUACUCUGCUGUGUUUUUAUAAGGCUUUUGGAAUAAAAUCAAAGUUGCUCAGGCCCUCCCCUUCGCUCCCUCCCCAUUGCAUCUUUGCACAUUUCUACCUGUUACCUCUUCAGUUUCAGUUUUGUUUCUACUGUUGCUGGCAAAUAUUAUCUUCUUCCAGAAAAGGGUGCUCACAAAAAUUUAAAAUAGCCACUAGGGGCUUUCCAAAAUAAAUACACUGAUAAACGUGUCUCAUAGCAACAGCAAUCAAUAUAUUACUCUUGUCUGUACAUUCAUUAUACUCUUUGCUACUAAUUUAUCAUAUAUUCCAAAAUCCGAGGUUAUUCCCAUAAACUAAACAGAUGCAAAUCACGUGAUACGUUUACAGAAAGAGAAGCAUAUACAGGACUGAUUAGGAGACAGCAUUCCAAGUACAUCUCUAUGCUAUACAUGAACUGCCAUGUUGUGUCAGAGCAGUGGUCUGUCUAGUUCAAUAUGCUACAUCUGAUGGUGGCCAGUACUAGAUGGUUCAAAAGAAUGUACAGGAAACCUUGCCGUGGACAAUUAUGGGAAACUGCCUAGGGGAGACUUCUUUCUAAUCCCAAUCACUGUACUAAAUGCUUUGUUUGUUUGAAAUAAGAAUUUAUAUCAAUUUUUAAAAAUCUAAUAAAUAUCUAAUCCUGUUUGAGUUUA